AUGUCAUGUAAAAUGAACAUUUUAAGAAAAUCAGUAAUGAAUGAAAAACUAAAAAUAUUUAUUAGAAAAUUAGCAACAUUGAAAAAUGCAAAUAGACCUACACCAAUGACAGUUUUUGAUCGGAAAGCUAAAAUUAUUCAAAAACAGCGAGCAGCAAUAGCAGAAGAUAGUUCAGUUUAUGAAUAUAUUAAAGAAGAAGUUGGAUAUCGUUUAUCAGACCGGCUCUUUGAUAUAAAACGUCAAUUUAAUUUAGUGGUUGAUUUAGGUUGUGGAUAUGGACAUGUAUCAAAACACAUUUCUAUAGACAACGUAAAAGAGUUAAUUAUGUGUGAUGUAUGCCAAGAAAUUCUGAAUAAAUCUAAAAAUCCUGAACCUGAAGUAAAGGUUAGUAAAAUAGUAGUGGACGAAGAAAAAUUACCUUUUGAAAAUGAUAGUAUUGAUUUAAUAAUUAGUUGCUUAAAUCUCCAUUGGGUAAAUAAUUUACCUUCAACAUUUCUACAAAUUAAAAAUUGUUUGAAAAAUGAUGGAGUUUUUCUAGGAGCUAUGUUAGCAGGCGACACUUUGUAUGAAUUACGUUCAUCAUUACAAUUAGCAGGCAUCGAACGUGAUGGAGGUGUAGCACCUAGAAUAUCACCAUUUGUCCGUCUUAGAGAUGUGGGAGCAUUAAUGCAAAGUGCUGGAUUUUCUAUGUUAACAUUGGAUACAGAUGAACUAAUUAUUCGUUAUCCAUCAAUUUUUGAACUAAUGUGGGACCUAAAAGGCAUGGGAGAAAAUAAUGCUGUUCUACAACGACCUUUGAGACUAAACAAAAAUACUAUGUUUUCUGCAGCUACUAUAUAUGAUAAACUUUAUGGUAAUCAAGAUGAUAACAGUGAUACUAAAGGUAUUCCAGCUACAUUUCAAGUUUUGUAUAUGAUAGGAUGGAAACCAGAUCCAUCACAACCAAAACCAUUAUCUCGAGGUUCAGGACAAAUUUCAAUUAAAGAUAUAGGAGAACUUGAUAAGAUUGUUAAGAACUUAGGAAAAAUUGAAACAUAAUUUUUUUAUUAAUCUAAAAAUUUUAAAUGAUCAUUAAUUAAUUUGAUUUUA